AAAGUAUUCUAUUUUAUGUAAUUGUACAUUAGGGCAAGUGAAUAUUUUGUUUAUUUAACAGUUUUUUUUUUAUUUUUCUGCAGAUUCGUGGACAGGAUAUAGAGUUAAAGCAUGGAACAUUUCCAUGCAGAUAUACACAAUGCUCUUAAGAGGAUUGUGUUACUAAACCCAUUAGCACAGAAAACGUUGCAAAAGUAUCUCGCAAAACAGAUAUGGACAUCUAACGACCGUGCAGCAGUUCUUCAAAAUCUUUCCAAAGUUUUAUUGAAAAGCAGCGAAUCGGAUACUUUGCAAAUUUGCCAUUUGCUUGGACCAAUUGCUGUAGAUUUGUUGCUCAGGAUUUCUAUGUCAAAUGGGCAAUGUGAGAAUCAUCCUGAUACGCAUGAGCGAUUAUGUGUCAUGCUUGGUUGGUUAUGCAAAUCAGGAACAUCGUCAGUGCAUGAAUUUGCAUUGUCAUACUUGCGUGACAAUGGACCGCCUUUCAAACGACUGAAUGAUAUUGACGAGGUUACUUCCGAGAAGUCGAAACGUACCAAAGUAUCACUGGAUGGCGUAGAAGAGCUAAUAGAAGCGACGUAUGCACUUGUUACGAAAUUUCCGGAACUUCUUGAAUCCGAUUGGUGCUGGUCACGCUUGGCUGAUUAUCUGCAUAAUAAUUAUUCUCACAUCACUUCACGCUGCCAUCAACAUCUUAUAAAGAUUUUGUCUAAUGUAGUUGGGCUUUGUGGACCCAACCAAUGUAAAAAUAUACUGGAGAUUAAAAACAAUGGGCUCAGUGCAAUAAACGGAGAAGAGAAUCUUGAAGUUCAAUGUAGCGUAACAACACCAGAAGCUGUGUUGACUCACACACGUCAUGCCAUUGUCUCUAAAGAUUUAUCGGAAAAUUUGACUUCAAUUUGUGGAGUGUUGGUUUUGAAACAACCGGGAAUUGCUGGUGAAUUUGAUCUGGUUAUGACUGACGGGUUAAAAGAUCAACUGCAAAAACUUGCCGUCGCAAUUUCACUGAAAAAGUCAAUUUUACUUGAAGGUCCAGUAGGUUGUGGCAAAACUGCAUUAAUAGAAAAUGUCGCUAAAGCUACAGGUCGAGCAAAACCUCCAAAGUUUUCUAAGAUCCAACUAAGUGAUGAUACAGACAGUAAGACAUUGACAGGAACUUACGUGUGUACUGCUGUUCCAGGUGAGUUUUUAUGGCAACCUGGGUUGCUUAUUCAAGCGUGUAAAGAUGGGGAUUGGUUGUUGUUAGAAGACGUGGAUCGCGCCCCAAUGGAUGUCAUCUCCAUGCUUCUGCCGCUCGUCGAAUCUCGCCGACUCAGCAUUCCUGGUCGGCCCGAUCAAAAUAACGCUGUGUCGCCGGAUUUUCGACUUUUCAUGACUCGUCGUGUUACUAUGGGAACCUCGUUUGUCGGCCAUCUUGGUUUGGGAAUGUUAUCGAAACAUGUUAAUGUGAUUUCUAUGGAAGCUAUAUCGGCAAACGACCUUAAACAGAUUAUGCUGCACAAGUAUCCUAAGUUGGGAAAUGUCGCGGAAAAACUGCUGACAAUUUACUUGAGGCUGACGGAGCACGAGUCAGCAAAUAUUUCCAUGACUAAGCGAAAAUUGUCGACUAGGGAUUUGUUAAAAUGGUGUCACCGUGUGGCAGACCACAUCAACGAAACAUCAGCUGGAAUUGGGGAAUUUGUUGCGUUAUCUGCGAUCGAUUGUCUCGUAGCGUCAUCUUGGAAACCGGAAUCAAGGAUUUCUAUGAUUGAAACAAUUUGCGCUGAAUUAAACAUCGGAACUGAGAAGGCGAAAUAUUUCAGCGAUGCUUAUCGACCUGAAGUUGAAAUCGAUCGCGCAAUUUUUAAAGUUGGUAAAACAUCUUUACCACGACUGAAGCAAGAAAUAGUAACUGGAUUGCAACGUAAACAACUGUUUGCACAUACGAGACAUUCCUGCGUUCUGCUUGAGCGAGUAGCUGGCUGUGUUGAGACGAGCGAACCAGUGUUGCUCGUUGGUGAAACUGGGGUUGGAAAAACAUCAGUGUUGCAAUACCUUGCUCAAGAAACUGGUCACCGCCUCCACGUAGUAAACAUGUCACAACAAUCGAGUUCCGGAGAUCUUCUCGGAGGAUUCAAACCAGCUCAGAUUCGUCACUUUGUGGCGCCAGUGAGGGAAAAGUUUGAGGAGAUUUUUCCGAAAACUUUUUGUCGAAAUCAAAACAUGAAGUUUCUUUCUCACAUACAAACUUGUUACAGCAAUAAAAGGUACAAUGAUCUUCUUAAACUGAUGUCGCAUGUUUGUGAUGCUGCUUUCAAAAGACUUUCAAGUUUGGAUGAAGAAGAAAAUUUAAAGUUGUUAUCGUCAUGGAAACAAUUGACCUUUGACCUAGAAGAACUGAGGUUGAAGGUGAAAUCGGAUUCUGCGAUUGCGUUUAAUUUUGUUGAAGGUGAGCUAGCACGAUGUUUACGACUCGGAGAAUGGAUUUUAUUGGACGAAAUUAACCUCGCCCCCUCUGAUGCCCUCGAGUGUUUGAGUGGUGUGCUUGAGUCCGAGGCUGGGUCAAUUGUUUUGCUCGAACGUGGGGAUUCAAAACCUGUGGAACGACAUAAAAAUUUCAGAUUAUUUGCUGCCAUGAAUCCAGCAACUGAUGUUGGGAAGAGAAAUCUAUCAGAUGGGAUUCGAAACCGAUUUACCGAGUUCUUUGUUGACGAGCCAAGCAAUCAUAAAGAUCUUGCUGAUAUAGUGGAUUUCUAUUUAGAUAGAAAUAUUUCUGGCACUUCUGUGGUGGAGGGAGUUGUAACUUUUUACAACGAAGUAAGAAAGUUGGCGGUUGGCAAGUUGGUUGACGGCUCCGGACGCAAGCCGCAUUAUUCACUUCGAACUUUAUGCAGAGCUUUAAACUACGUGAAGCAUAACGCAAAUAUGACACUACAUGUCGCGCUAUAUGAGGGUUUCUGUAUGUCGUUUUCAACAGCCCUGGAUAAACCAUCAAGUUCUAUAGUAGUUGGCCUCAUUGGAAAACAUAUUGUCGGCAAGAAUAAACUGAAAUCAGUUUUAAAUCGAACAAUGCCAAAACCAGAUUAUGAAUGUUUGCAUGUGGAAAAAUAUUAUAUACGUCGUGGUGCUCUCGCUGUAUCUAAAGACCCUAACUAUAUAAUGACCCCUUCAAUACGAGAAAAUUUAAUACAAUUGUCAAGACCGGUAUCUUAUGGAAAACAUCCCAUUCUAAUUGAAGGAGCGACCUCGACAGGGAAGACAAGUUUAAUAACAUAUCUAGGUCGUCUUACAGGGAACAGAGUUGUUCGGAUCAACAACCAUGAACAUACUGAUAUACAGGAAUAUGUUGGAUCAUAUGCAAGUGAUAGUGAAGGUCGACUCGUUUUUCAAGAUGGCCCUCUAGUGACAGCGAUGAGAGAGGGACACUGGGUGAUCCUCGAUGAACUAAAUCUUGCACCAACUGACAUCCUGGAGGCGCUGAACCGUGUCCUUGAUGAUAAUCGCGAGAUUUUUAUCACCGAGACACAGGAAGUAGUUCGCGCACAUCCAAGGUUCACCCUGUUCGCCACCCAGAACCCUCCAGGUUCAUAUGGGGGCCGUAAGGUACUUUCCCGGGCAUUCCGCAACAGAUUUGUGGAGUUGCAUUUCAAUGAAAUCCCGACAAAGGAAUUAGAAACCAUCUUACACGAACGAUGUCACCUUGCGCCUGCUCAUUGCAAAAAACUUGUUAAAGUCAUGCAAGAUCUACAGGCAAGAAGAAGAGCUUCUGGUUUAUUUGCUGGAAAACAUGGAUUUAUAACUUUGCGUGAUUUGUUUAGAUGGGCUGAGAGACAUAGGAAAUAUGAGCGAGAUGCUUGUGAUUUCUAUGACUGGGAGCAACACCUAGUGGACGACGGGUUUCUUCUUUUAGCUGGACGAGUUCGGAAAUUGGAAGAGGAAAAGGUAAUAGAAGAAGUUUUAUCAAAGUAUAUCGGUCGUAAAGUUGACCAGGAAAACUUGUUUGGGACCGAAAAUGUAGAAAGUAUAAUCAAGCGAUAUGAUUGGCCAGAAGGUUUUGAUCAUGUGGUCUGGACUCAACCAAUGAGAAGAUUGUUCGUCACACUUGAGCGAGCGUUACGGUUCAACGAACCUGUGUUGUUAGUUGGUGAAACUGGUGGCGGGAAAACAACGGCGUGCCAACUUAUGGCUGCCAUGGUUAAAAAGAAGUUGUCCAUUGUCAAUUGUCACGCAAAUACUGAAGCCGCGGAUUUUAUCGGAGGUUUGCGUCCGACGAGAAAUCAGUCAAAAUUGGAUUCUGACAAAAGGGGAUUGUUUGAAUGGGUGGAUGGCCCCCUAGUGGCCAGUAUGCGGGGUGGAUCGUACAUUCUUGUUGACGAGAUUUCGCUCGCCGAUGAUUCUGUGUUGGAGAGAUUGAACAGCGUACUUGAACCAGAGAGAACUUUGGUUAUUCCGGAUAAAAUAUCUAUGUCUACAUCAAUCAGUGACAACGAUGGGUCCUUUGUUGUCGCUGACACGGGAUUUCAAUUUAUGUCGACGAUGAAUCCGGGAGGAGACUUUGGGAAGAAAGAGUUGUCGCCAGCUUUGCGAAAUCGAAUGACCGAGAUUUGGUGCAGCGGCGUCAAUGAGCAUUGUGACCUCAUCAAUAUUGUUCAACACAAUCUAAAACUUAAUCACGGUAAUGGCAUUGAUUGUGAUAAAACAUACGCUUCGCUCGUGGUUGAAUUUGUGGAGUGGUUUAAAACAACUAUGUUUGGAAAAAGAUUUGUAAUUUCUGUUCGUGACCUUUUGACCUGGGCCAGCUUCAUGAGGACAUCUAGUGGUGACCUUGAUCUUCCGUCCUCGUUCCUACACGCAGCGUGCCUUGUGUAUAUUGAUGGUCUUGGGUCAGGUUUAUCGGCUGGAGCUUCCAAACAAAGUCAUGACAUCCAUUCUGAAUGUCUUCGCUUUGUACUGAAACAAUUAAGGGAGUGCGGGCAACUAGAUGGAAUGUCCCCCACCAUGCUACAAUGGGUGGAAGGGGAAAUUCAAUCUACUGGUCCAAGUAGCAAGAUUCAUAACACGGAAAAAACUUUUGGAAUUGAACCGUUUUCAAUUACAAAAGGUCCAGCUGAUUUUAGCGGCGAUUUUCAAUUUACAUUUAACGCCCCAACGACUUCAACUAACGCUCUUCGCGUUUUACGAGCUUUGCAACUUCCGAGACCUAUCUUGCUCGAGGGCUCCCCUGGUGGGGGAAAAACAAGCUUGGUUGCAGCAAUUGCGAAAUACUCCGGACAUGAACUCGUCAGAAUUAAUUUGUCUGAGCAAACGGACGCCUCGGACUUGUUCGGCGCUGACUUGCCAGUAGAGGGCGGUAGUGGGGGUGAGUUUUCAUGGAGAGACGGACCGUUGCUAUCGGCGAUGAAGAAAGGCCACUGGGUGGUGCUAGACGAGUUAAAUCUCGCGUCACAGUCCGUUCUUGAAAGUUUGAACAGCGUGUUUGACCACCGGGGGGAGUUGUACGUACCGGAGCUAGCUCGUAGCUUCUUAGUGAACCGUGACCAAACGAAAAUCUUCGCUUGCCAGAACCCGGUUCAUGAGGGUGGGGGUAGAAGGGGGCUCCCUAAAAGCUUCCUGAACCGAUUUACCCAGGUCUAUGUGCGAGGAUUGGCUGGUGAAGACAUGGAAUUUAUUUUGAACAAUUCCUUUCCACAAAUUCCACCAGAUGUCAUGAAAUUGAUGGUGAAGUUUAAUCAACAGGUAAAUGAAUCAGUCGUGGUCCAAAGGUCAUGGGGUCACCGGGGGUCACCUUGGGAGUUCAAUCUGAGAGAUAUAACUCGCUGGUGCCAGCUAGUGGUUGUUGAUUUGACAAGAGGCUUACCACUGGAUGUCGCCAAGCAUGUGUACACAGUUUACUGCGCAAGACUACGUUCUAAAGAUGACAGACAAAAGAUGAUGUCUAUGUUCCGUUCCAUAUUUGGUAUUGAAGUUUACGAACCUUCGGGAAGGUUUCAUAUUUCGUCUCGUAUUCUUCAGGUUGGGGGAAGCACCAUUGAAAGGACUGGAGAAUAUUUCGCUGACUCAUCAGACGACUUUCACAUUUUGCCGAGCAUGUUAAAAAGUGCAGAGUCAUUAAUUACAGGGAUUAAUCAGAAAUGGCCUUGUAUUGUGACUGGCGCUUCUGGUUCCGGGAAAUCACGACUCGUGAAAACUGUCGCGAAGCUCGCUGGUCGCAAACUUCGAAUUUUGUCGACUAAUAGUGAAAUGGAUGCCGUGGAAUUACUCGGCGGUUUUGAGCAGCAUGACAUCGUCAAAAAUUUGAUGGAAUUUGUGAUAAAUGUUAAAAGAAGAGUUGUUACGGAUUGUCAGGAUUGUAUUUCCCGUCUUCCUGCCAUAAAUCAACCAAAGGAAUUCAACAAGUUGAUGUUGAAAUUGAAAUUUCUCCUUAAGAAAAUUGAGAAUCUCAACGCAAUGAUUAAACUGGUUGAUUCGUUUAAAGUAAACGACAAGGAAAAUCGUUUCGUUGAAUUGGAAAAUAAGAUUUCUAUGGUGCUUGGGACCUCUAUGAAAAACUCAGAAUAUAAGGAACUUUGGGCAGAGUGGCAAAAUUUGAAACUUAGUGAAAAAUCCCACGGUUCAUAUGAGUGGAUGGACAGUGUGUUGGUACAUGCCUUGAAAAAUGGGGAGUGGUUGUUGAUAGAUGGCGCCAACUUCUGUUCAGCGUCAGUUCUCGAUCGAAUGAACGCGCUACUUGAGCCACAAGGUGUCCUCGCUAUCACAGAACGUGGUAUUGUACAAGGGGAAGUACCCACUAUCACCCCUCACCCAGAUUUUAGAUUGAUUUUUGCUUUGGACCCAACACAUGGAGAUCUUUCAAGAGCGAUGCGUAACCGAUGCCUUGAGAUAUCUCUUCUCCCACUAGAUGUGGUUGCUGAGCAGAACAUGGAAACAGUAUUAAUGGAGAGUGAGGUCACCACAAUCGCUCAAGCGAAGAGUUUGAACUUAACAGAAUUCAAAAUUUGCGAAAAAAUUGUCGAAGAUUGGAGGGAAAAAAAUAAUGGGGGUACGCAGAAUCUUUCGGACGGUGAAAUGUUAAAAAUAUUGGAUUCAACAUUAGAAGAAGUAAGAAGGGGGCUUUACCAGGAUUUUCCGCAAGUACAGAUUUCUGGCAAUUGUUUGAUUUUGAUCUUAAAGGACCAAUAUUUUGUCUGCCUUACAGCAAUACAUAAUCUGUGGCUUGAAGUUUACCAUUUGAACAUUAUUAUGACAUCACAAUUACUGGAAUGUUUGUCACAUGACUUUGUGGAUGACGCGCUUGACUUCAUCGGAGUACACAGCGAUCGAAUGUGCCAGACCUCAUUGUUGGUCAUACGAGCGUUGGAAUUUCUUUUUGAAGAUAAAAACGGGAUCAACCAAUCAUGGCUUACUGCUGUAUCACAUGAAUCAACCAUUCAUAUGAUUAUGAUGAUCCUCGUGAAGAUGAUCACAUCACAACGUGAUAAGGAAGCAGAUCUUAAAUGUCGGCUCUCUACCUCCAUCUUACGGUUGCUAACUAAAAUUUCCACACAUGUCGAAACUGCGCGCAUGAUUAAACAGACCAACAUUCUGCCUGAAUUGUGUCUAGCGCUAUCUAGUGCUUACGUUGACAACAAAAAAAAGUGGCUUGAAGUUUACCAUUUGAACAUUAUUAUGACAUCACAAUUACUGGAAUGUUUGUCACAUGACUUUGUGGAUGACGCGCUUGACUUCAUCGGAGUACACAGCGAUCGAAUGUGCCAGAGUUUGUCGUUAAUUCGCGUGAACCAGAGCAUGACGUUGCUUUCUGAGGUCAACCACACGACGGCGCUCUUGAGUUUGUUGUCACGUGACUUCACGCAUGAGUGGAAAUUCAAGAUUCGAAACUCGUUCGAGUGUGUGGUGGAGCGUGUCUUAGUUGCUGUUCAUUCAUGCACGGCGCUUCUGCUGCACCCGAGACUAUUGAAUGUUUCCAUAAAAGCGACUCGAAAAAAGCAAAAACUAUCAGCAUCAACCCCUGUGAAAAUAACCAAGCAAACAUCACUUAAAUCACCGGAAGUUGACACAAACUUGCCACCGGAUGACGUGAAAGAGCAGAUGUAUUCAAUUCUCGGAAAUUUACUUUCGUUUCUCAAGAAUCUUUCACCAGAUUUAUCUCAACUAGUGAUGGACCUUGAAACAUGCGCGGAGGAGUUUCCACAAUUAGUCACGAUGAAUUUCAGCACACCAACUGUCGAUCACGAGGCUGAUGUUAGUUUUGGGACUCUGCUUAGUGCAACAAACAUGUCACUUACUGCAUUACAUAAGAUUGAACCGGUUGACACCAAACUGACAUUCCACGCUUCAUUGACUUUUGUUUCUGAAAUUUCUCUUUACUUGAUUAUCUCGCAAUGCUUGUUGUUGUUGAAACUGAAAGAUCUGCCAACCAGAAGCAAGCAAAUUUUACGGAGGGAACUUUCAGAUGAAUUGGCAUCUUGUGUGAAAAGCGCUCGACGUCACCUACGUCAUUCAUCGUCCUCACAAUCUCCCGGGAAAUCCCCCUCCGGUACACCACCGAAAGGAAUUCUAGAAUUAGUCACUGCCUUCGUAAAGCAUAUUAUGACGUAA